CAAUUUCGCAUUCUAUUUCGCUCUCUUCCUCUCCUGAGCUUCCCCACCUUCAAUUCCUCCCAUCUUUCCCCUCCCUCGUGCACCACAUGAGAGAAGGACCGUGGUCGAGAUCAAGAUCGAGACCGAGACCGACAAGUUUAGGUGACGAUGGAGAGCCCGGAUCUUUCCCCGCCGCACACGGCCGCGGACCGGCCGUCCCUCGGGUUCCCCCUAGGCACAGCCCUCCUCCUGAUCGUCAUCUUCAGCCUGAGCGGCAUAUUCUCCUGCUGCUACCACUGGGAGAGGCUCCGCUCCCUCCGCCAGUCUUCCUCUGACGGCGCUGAUCCCGAGGCCGACCCCGAAAACCCGCCCUGGAAAUCCGCGCCCCCUUCCAAGGAUGUGAAGCGAGAUCACGGCCAGACCUUGCCGGUUUUGAUGCCGGGCGACGGGGUACCGAAGUUCAUAGCACUGCCGAGUCCCCGCCAGCCUCCGCGAGAAGAGAAAACCGUCGUCGUCAAAGUGCAGAAGCCGGUGAAGCCGCCCCGGCUACCAGUUCCUCUGUAUUAGCAUAGCAGGAUGAAAUAUAUUCCCUUCCUUUAACGAUGUAUGUAAAUACCGGAAAAUUUAUUUUAAUGUAGCCGAAUACGCAAUUCAUUGUUUAAUGAAAGGUGGUCGUGAUUUUUGUUUGUGCUUAUCA